ACUUAUACGAUAAUAAAUUGGACAGAAAAGAAAAAAUAAAAAUAGAGUUUUAAUUCGAUUGCAGUUCUUUGUGACUUCGUGAAAAUCUGAAAACAAUUAAAUUUAAAGGAAUGCAAUAAUGGGCUGCAUCGGUGUUGUGAAUUUAACAAGCAUCAAUCCAUAUCUCACAAGAACAUCAAACAAACCCUACAAUUCAAGAAGAGCAUCAUCCAUGGCUGCUGCGAUUAGAGCUGAGUCAGUAGCUACUGAGAAAUUAGGGAUUACAAUUGAGAAGAACCCACCUGAGUCCAAACUCACCCAACUCGGUGUUCGUAAUUGGCCCAGGUGGGGUUGUCCUCCAAGCAAGUUUCCAUGGACUUACAGUGCAAAGGAGACUUGUUAUCUGCUAGAGGGGAAAGUGAAAGUGUACCCUAAUGGAUCCGAUGAAGGCGUAGAGAUCGAAGCAGGCGACUUUGUUGUCUUCCCUAAAGGAAUGAGUUGCACUUGGGAUGUCUCUGUUGCUGUUGAUAAACAUUACCAAUUCGAGUGAAUGGAUAUCAAUCUCUGCUCUACGUAUUCGUGGGUUGAAUAGGACUUGACUAUCUUU